GCGCAUUCGAAUUUGAGGUCUUUCUGCCUAUCACGAAACGUCCUGCUGUCCUUGCAAUCCGCCAAAGUCGGGUAGCAAAGCUUGCCACCGCCGCGCCUUGCCUGUAAAGAAGGCACCAGGAAAUUGGCUGGGCCCCUCUCGGCCGGCCAUUGCCCAGUCCGAUCGCAUCUUUUACCAUCGACCAGCCGACAGCUUUGGAGCCAGCAGCCGCCUGCGUGUGUGCCCGGCAAUCUCUGCCUCGCAAAUAUCUUUUGCAGGCCCGCAGCCGCCGCGACCCGCCGACUCAGACUGCCGUGUGUAUGGCCAGCGCCAUGUCGGCCGUCAACUCCGCGUCGACCCAGACGCCCGCACCCCCGCGCCCGGCAGCAAUGGCCAACGGCACAGCCCUCCCGCCCAAGGGCGACGCCCCCGCCUCCGCCGCCGCCGCCGCCGCCCAGAUGAGCAAGAAGUCCAAGAAGAAGGCGCUUGACUCGAAUGAAGCCUCCAAGCUGGUCGCCGCCCGCAUCUCCCAGCUCGAGCUUGAUGCCGCUGGGGAGAAGGACCAGGAGAUCGAGAUCGAGCGCGAGGUUCGCAAGGCAAACCGUGAACUCAACUCGCAGACGGCCAAGAUGGACAACCUUCAGAAAAUCGACCAUCUGCAAAAGCGAUGCUCCGAUCUCCUGGCUGAUAUGAAACGCCACGAGCGGGAGAGCAUCAAGCAGAAGAAACGGGGCGACCAGCUACAGAAGGAAAAGGACCAGAGCCGCACGGAACUCACCAAGACCAUCGGUCUGAAGGAAAAGCUAGAGAAGCUGUGUCGCGAGCUGCAGAAGGAGAACAACAAGCUGAAGAGCGAGAACAAGACGCUUUCAGACAACCAAGUGCGCAACCAGAACUCUUGGGAUGAAAAGUUCUCGACGCUGCUCCAGAAGCUGGACGACUACCAGAGCGACAAGGACAACCCAAAGAAGCAGAUGGUGGACAUGGAACUCGAGGAGCUGUUCCGUAUGCGAUUCAAGUCAAUGAUCGACCAGUACGAGCUUCGCGACCUGCAUUUCCACUCGCUCAUGCGCACCAAGGAGCUGGAGGUUCAGUUCAACCUUGCGCGGUUUGAGGGGGAGAAGAAGCGGGCCGAGUCAGAGAUCACGCGGUCGCGGCAACUCAACCAGCAAAUUCAGACCUUCUCCAAGACCGAGGGAGAGCUGCGUACCCAGCUCAACGUCUACGUUGAUAAGUUCAAACAGGUCGAAGACACUCUGAACAAUAGCAAUGACUUGUUUCUCACGUUCCGCAAGGAAAUGGAGGAAAUGUCCAAAAAGUCCAAGAAGCUGGAGAAGGAGAACGACGGGCUCAAGCGGAAGCACGAGCUCAUGAACCAGAACAUCUUCAAGAUGGCUGAGGAUCGCACCAAGAACCUCAAGGAGCUGGAUGAGCUUAGGAAGAAGUCGGAGAAGCUCACGAGUAUAAUCACGCAAAUGCAACAGCAAGGACGGGGCAUCGCGGCUACGGGAUUGGCGGCAGGCGGCGGGGAACAAUGCUUCCCCGAAGGGGAGGAGGGCGAGGGGGAGGGGGAGGAGAGCGAGUACGACGAAGAGGAGUAUGAGGAGAUUAGUGACGAGGGCGGGGAGGGGGACUACGAGGACGAGGACCUCACGGAGGAGGAGGCGCAUCCGGAACAGCCUCAAAAGUACGGGCCUGAACGGCCGCCGCCGGCUCCGGCCGUCUCUGCCAACGGGUGCUAGUUAUGCCCGCUCGUCUGUAGACUGGAGAAGCUGGCGUGCGGCGCCGUUUCCUGUGCCGCCUCUGCCAAAUCCCUGGUCUGCCACUAGUUUUGGGAAGGGCAAGAGGCGAGGGAGGAGGUCUGACGUUUGUCGCACGGCCGUCCCCCUGUGUCGCAUCUAACCAACCUGGCCUGUAGCACUACCUUUCCGCCCGACUCUAGGGCUCUAGGCGGCGUCUGGAGUCGGGCCCGGAGACGGCGGUCCUUGGCCGAGGAAGCAGAGAUGAGUCUGAGCGCACCGUAUAUGCAUUAUACCAACAUCUUCAUACCACCAAGACGUACGCACAGAGUUGGCAGGACCUAGAGGUACCUAGAGGUAGGCUUUUGGAAACAGCCGCCGCGCAACUAGGCCCACAGUUUUGAAUAACAGCGAAUCGCCCC